CCGCCCCCCUGGUCGUGUUGUUUAAAGGCGGUGGCGGCGGCCGCCGCGCUCACCGCGGCCAUGAGCGGCGCGGGCGGCCGGGCUCCGGCGGCGGCGGCCGAGGAGCGGCGCUUCCUCAGCACCGCAGAGGCAGCCGCCCUGGAGCGGGAGCUGCUGGAAGACUAUCGCUUCGGGCGGCAGCAGCUGGUGGAGUUGUGCGGCCACGCCAGCGCCGUGGCUGUGGCCAAGGUGUUCCCGCUGCCCGCCCCCUCCCGGAAGCAGAGGACGGUGCUGGUGGUGUGCGGGCCGGAGCAGAACGGGGCGGUGGGGCUGGCGUGCGCCCGGCACCUGCGGGCCUUUGAGUACGAGCCCAGCGUCUUCUACCCGACGCGCUCGCUGGACGAGUUGCACCGGGACCUGACCACGCAGUGCGAGAAGAUGGACAUCCCCUUCCUGUCCUACCUGCCCACGGAGGUGCAGCUCAUUAACGAUGCCUACGGGCUGGUGGUGGACGCCGUGCUGGGCCCCGGCGCGCGGCCGGGAGACGUCGGGGGCCCCUGCACCCGCGCGCUGGCCACGCUCAAGCAGCUCUCCGUCCCCCUCGUGAGCCUGGACAUCCCCUCAGGCACGAGGGGGGCCCCGCACCCCCUGCAGUGCAGGCCCAGGGUCAUGGGCAUCCCGAGGACGGGGAGACGGGGCAGCUGCCCCCAGGUGACCCGGGCCCCCGCCACCCCCCAUGCCCAGCUCGAGUGCCCGCUGCCCACCCCUGGCCCGGCUGCCCGGGCAGACGUGAGCUCACUCAGCAGAGGCCGCGCCCGCCCUGGCCGCCGCCCCGCGCCUGCUGGAGCCAUUAGGCGACACGCGGUCGGAACAAACAGCCCCGCGCCGGGCCUCCGUGGGGGAGGCUGGACUCCGGGGGUGUCCCCCAGCCUGCGGCGGCUCCGGGGGCGGUCUGGUCUGAGAGGGGAGGCUGCAUGCCCCGUGUCUGAGCGGGCCGUGUGGGACAGAGUGCCCUUUAGUCUGAGGGUGGAGGCCGGGGUCUCGGAAGCAGUCGGGUCCGAUGGAGGAGCCGGUGGCUUCCACUCGGUGACCCCGGAUUCAGGUCAGAGGCAGGAGAGAAGGCGGGGGCCCUAGACUGAAGGUGGAGGCUCAUCCCAGAGGUGACAGGCUGGGGCCCACUGACGGGGUCUAGCGGGGCUCUCAGGUCAGAGGGGGGAGGCUUGCCUGGGGAUGGAGGCAGAUCUGAGGGGGGGGUCUAGUGGGGGGACCCGAAUGGGGAGGGCAGGACAGGACAGAUGUCAGGUCAGAAGGCAGAGGUGGAGUAGCAGGGCAGGAGUGAGAGCAGAAGAGUCUGAGGGCAGAGGCGGGAACCACUCCAAGGAAAGCCUGACGGAGACCUGCGGGUCAGAGGGCAGAGGCUGAUAUCAGACGGGGAGGACGCGAUCGGAGGCGGGGCCCGGGCCCCGCGUCGGACAGGGAAGGUGGGGCCGGGGCUCCAGUCUGAGGACAGACGACCCCCCCCCCCCCACAGCGCCCGCUCGCCCUCCUCCCUCAGGCUGGGACGCGGAGACCGGCGCCGAAGCGGAGGACGGGCUCCAGCCCGACGUGCUGGUGUCGCUGGCGGCGCCCAAGCGCUGCGCCCGCCGCUUCUCCGGGCGCCACCACUUCGUGGCGGGCAGGUUCGUGCCGGACGACGUG